CAAAUCACCGCCCUAAACAAAACCCAGCGCCGCUUCUUCUCCUCUGGCCAAAUCGACGAUAGUCAAAGUCCCAGUUCCAAUCUCGGUCUUAGAAAGAGUCGUUCUUAUUCAUUUGGAGCAUUUUUACUUGAUGAUGAUGGGCAGUCAAACUUUCCAUUCCAGUCAAUCGAAGACAGCAGGCGCGUUUACCCCUGUGAGGCAAGUGGGUGGCGCCGCCCUAGUUCCUCAGUGAUUAUGUGUCCGCGAAGCAGGUCUGCGACGAGCUCAACAACAAAGAUUUGGCCGCGACACCGAAACUCGUCGGCCCAGAGCUUGAGCGCGAAUUGGAGUAUGCUGUUCUUCGAUAGCGGGAAACUGUAUGAUGAGUACGCCGCCAGGAGGAAUGAGCGGCUGCGGAAGAAGAAGAUAUGCGAGGGUGGGGGGAUGAUUUUGCCAAGUGAACGAAAUGUUAGAAGAAGAAGAAGAUCAGCGGAGGAACGAGCGGCUGCGGAAGAAGAAAGUUCCGUGAACGAAAUAUUGAUUAUUUAGGGUUCAGGGGUAAAAUUGUCCAGGGGUGAAGUAGAAUUUUUUUAAUUUGUUAAUUUUUAUAUUUAUUUUUAUAAAUUAAAAAAUAU